GAGGGGUCCUUCGGUUGCCGCCCCUCCGAGAGGGAGAGGGAGCAAGAUGGCGGCCGCGAGGAGGUUGGCGGCAGCGGCGGGACUGGGCAGCCGAUUCUGCCACUUGGGAUUCAAAGGGGUGAACAUCACAGCUAAACAACCCCUACACAUUGCCUCCCAACAGAUCCUGCUCCUUCCUCCCACAGUACUACAGAUGAAAGCGAGAUCUAUGUUUGUUCAGACACAGGACACUCCAAAUCCAAACAGCUUGAAAUUUAUCCCAGGAAAGCCAGUGCUGGAAUCUAGAACUAUGGAAUUCACCUCUCCAGCUUCCACAUAUUGUUCACCCUUAGCAAGGCAGCUCUUCAGGAUUGAAGGAGUUAAAAGCAUUUUCUUUGGAACAGACUUCAUCACAGUCACAAAGGAAAAUGAAGAAGUGGAUUGGAACUUAAUAAAACCAGAUAUUUAUGCAACUAUUAUGGAUUUCUAUGCUUCUGGCUUACCUGUUGUUACUGAAGAGGCACCUCGUACAGACACAGCUCCAUCUGAAGAAGAUGAUGAAGUUGUAUCAAUGAUAAAAGAGCUCCUGGAUACUAGAAUAAGGCCAACAGUCCAGGAAGAUGGUGGGGAUGUCAUCUUUAAGGGCUUUGAAGAUGGGAUUGUGCAGUUAAAACUGCAAGGCUCCUGCACAAGCUGCCCCAGUUCUAUCAUCACCCUGAAGAAUGGGAUACAAAACAUGCUGCAGUUCUAUAUUCCGGAAGUAGAAGGUGUGGAACAGGUUGUCGAUACCGAAGAAGAAGAAGAAAAAGCAAAGUCUCAACCUAAAUCAGGGAAAGCUUUGGACUCUUAAGGAAAAAUUAUUCUCCAAGCUGAUUUGUCUAAAUUAUCCGCUGUUGUCAACACUUUUCCCAGACACAGGACUGUUUCCUUCACUGCUUCAUGGUUCUAAGAAAAAUAGUGAAAAGUAUUCUUGAAAGUGUGGUUGUCUGUUUGCUGCUAUUCUUGUAAACAAAAAGAAGAAAAUGUAUAGAUUUUGUUUGGACAGAAUAUGACAUUUAUAAAAUAUUUCCCCUCUCUGUUGUUUUUAGGUAGCUUCUGUGGUGACCUACAGCCCAUACUGUUGGAAGAAUUAUGUAGUGAUAAAUACUGAUAUAAAUUAUUGCUUUAUUA